AUGAAUACUUUUAAUUAUUCUCAAAUCUUUAAAACAGCUGAAAAAACUAAAGAAGAAAGUGAUAGAGAUUCAAAACUCAGAAAAGUCACUGAAAUGCUUGAUGAAGAUUUUGAGAUGAGCCAAAUGAAAUCUCGGUCUAUAUCAACGUCACAAAUAACUGAUAGGCAAUCAUUGACAAAAACGUUCAAUAAAUUGCUGUUUAAAAAUCAGAAAAAAGCUAAAGAAAUCGAGGAACUGAAAGAAAUCAUUGAAAAUUUCAAAAAAGCGAAUAAUCCGAUUGAAUUCCAAAGGAAGAAGUCGGAGUUUUCACUGGUGGAAAUGCAGAGCUCGAUAAAUAGUAGAUAUAUUGUGACGGAAACAGAGAAAUCAGAGUAUAUAGAAAAGCUUAAAAACGAAAUAGAAAAAAUCAAUGAAAAGCAUGAUCAGGAAUAUUUUAUGACUGAGCAGUUAGUUUCUAUGAAAGCUAAAGCCAAACAAUCAAUUGUAAAAACUAACUCCCCACCCUCCGUGAGUGAACAAAACUAUUAGAAAAAUCGCCAUUUUUUGCCCAAAAACCCACCCUCCGUGAGAGAACAAAAAUUUUUUAUGAAAAAAUUUUUUGAUAUAUAAAUGAUAAUUAGCAUAAUGAAAUCUAGGGCAAUUCUGUUUUAAUUUUAAACGAAUUGCUUUUUAAAACAUAAAAUUUUUAUAAAUAAAAUUAAUAUUUGCUUUCCAAUUUUUACGAAUCAGGAUUUUUUUAAAUUUCAAAAAAAAAAUAUUUUUUUAUAAAAUUUAUAUAUAAAUUUUUUUUAAAAACAAAAAUUAAGCCCCUCCAUGAGUGAACAAAAUGUUUUUGUUCACUCACGGAGGAGGGGGAGUAAGCAGAUUAAUAUGAAGAAAAAAGUCUGGGAAAUCCAAAUCAACUGUGAAUCAGCUAGAAAAUAUGAAACCAGAGCCAGUAUCAUGGAAAGAGUUGCAGAUAACGAUAAAAUAAGGACAAGCUUUAAUAAUACUCUACAAAGAUUGACCAUUAAAACUGAAAGAAGGAACCGACAAGAUAAAUUAAGCUUUUUAGCACAGAAAGAAACAGUAUUAAAAAAAGAUAUCGAAGAAUUAGCUUUGAAAUUCGCUGAAGAUACUGUGAAAAAUGAUGACCAAAAAGAAUUUCGCACUGUUUUAUCACAGGACUUAAAAGAAGUUUUAUUAGACCAUGAUGAGCUUAGGGCUAUGAGCCAAAAAAUUCAAUCAAAACUUGAAGUUUAUGAAGAUGUAUUUCGGCAUGUAAAAGAGUAAAAAAUAUAUAGAUUGACGAAAAAAUCAAAAUGCCUAGAUGGAGGCUUAGAAAAUCCAGGAAUUCUCCCACAAGAUGUAGUGAAUUGUUUUGGCAGAAUGAUUUCAAUAGAAACUAAGCUGAAAGAAAGAUUUGAAGACCUCACCUCAAUUCAUAACAAAUUAAAAUACAAGUGUGAUAGAAUUACGAAUACACUUAGCAAGCUAAAAAAAUCAGAAGAAAAUUCUGUCAAUGUAGAUGAUAUAAAAAAGAGGGUAAAAGGGAUUAGACCUAGAAAUGCAAGUGAAGGGGUUACCUUGACUGAUUUAAUUGUUUCUUGGGAUACGCUUACAGAUGAUACUGGUAAGCAUGAACUUAUAGAAAAAUAUGAAAAAGUUUCAGCUUUUACAGGAAAAUUUCUAUCAGAAACAUGCUCAAAAGUACUAUCAACACUCCAGAACUUAUUUAUGCAUACUAACGAUAUAAAAAGUCAAGAAAUUUUGCAUGGAAAUUCUACGUUUCUGACAGAAUUCCAAGAGCCUCCAUCUGCUGCUCCAAAAAGUCCUAUAAAAUCUUUAGAUUUUUUUAUCAACGAAAACUCAAUAUUACGCCAAAAAAUCGAAAUUUCCUUAAAAUCACUAUUAAGAUUUUUAUCAGGCCACGCAGAAUUGACUACUGAAAUUGGAGAAUCUAUAAAAUCUUAUGAUAUUCCAGAGCAAAAAGAAGCAAAAAUAAUUGAAGUAUUAUCAUUUCCAGUAUCAAAGCAUAACUCAAAAGCUAUUUCUGGCCUUAUAACUUCAGCAAUAAAAAUGAAGAUUCAAGAAUUGAUCACAAAAAAAGUUUCGAAGCCAUCAGGCCUUAAAGAAGUGUUUGACGAUUUUGUUAAAAGAUUUAAAAUCUGUGAAAUUAAUAUGAAUACUUUAAAUACGGAGGAUUUAGUUGAUGAGACUGAUCCUCAAAGCCCUUUAAACUCAGGCCACAAUGCUAAUGAAUCUGCUGGAUCUCCUAGAUCGAGAAAAAAAAAGAAAAUUUCGCUUCCCAAACUUUACCAAAUGCCGUCUAAUAAAGACAGAAGAAGUGUUAUCCAAGAAAUAAAGCUUAUUGAAUCGAAAAUUGAUGAAGUGAAAAAGCAGCAUAAUAAAGAAAGAACAUCUAGAAGAAAAGAAAAUAAAAGAGAAGGGUUUAUGAGUAGACUGUCAAGUGAUAAAAGUCUACCUUCACUUUCCCAGUCUGGGAGUGAAGCUUUAUUUAGAACUUACUCUCAUAUGUCUACAGGAAGAAGAUAA